AUGGCCGGAUUCCAAAAGUCGACCUACUACGACAACCGCUACCGCCAGUCACCCGCGCUGAUCCGCGCGCGGCGGCCCUAUCUCGUCAAGAACGCAGUCACAGGCCUCGGCCUCACCGCAUUGGUUGUUACAAUCUAUGCUUACACACUGAACGCUAUUGGACAAGACGAGUUCGAGGAUGUCAAGGUGCCCGAUGUGCCCGUAAGGAGUGCUCCGGCUUCCGCCCAGAACAAAUCAUGAAAGGGGUUGGGCAAGCCUGUAAUGGGGCUCUGGUAGACAGGUCCCAUAUAUGUAUGAACACAAAAUGUAAACCAAAGAAGCGGGUGCUUGUACAAAAUCACGAUCAACACGGAGUUUUGGGCCAAUGUGGAAAAUCUAAUCUGAUUUGAUACUCUUAGAGAGCAUCCAGCACAGCGCUCUUCCCCUCGUCGAGGCUAUAGCCCAAUAUCUCACAAGAACUCAUCAGAAAAGGCAGCUGGUAUCUCUCUGUCCAUUGGACAUAGUAUACAGUCAAAGAAGUCAAGAAUGUGCUCGUCGCAAGUGGAAUGAUGAGAAUACGCCCAGCUGUACUCCCUACAUGUGUGUUAAUCACAAAAUAAUAAAGCG